AACCUGCACUUCUUACUACCUCAAUUCUUCUCAGAUCGACUGUACGCAGCCUCCGGUCCGGCCGAAAUGGCCUCCAACACCAAGUCUUUCCAGAAAGUGCUGGAUUCAACAGCACUUGCGGCCACGAAAUUCAUCCGCCGGCCACCGAUUGAUCCGAAAACACCAAUUCAAGGGAAGCUCCGGGUACCGGGCUCAAAUGCGUUCAAAGAGCAGCAGGACAAGGAAGGUCGACGGUUACAGAAGGCCUUGAACUCCAUCACCCACGGCAAGAACAUCUUCGUGUACAACAACAUCCGCACGAAACAAGUCGUGUACUCACUGACUCGCUAUCUGGAUAAAACCAACCUCCUCAAGCAAUGUGUCAAUCACGGCAAGAAGACCAUUCCUGCCACAGUCCGCAAGGAUAUGUGGGUGCCAUACUUUUCCGUGCACUUCAACGAGGCGCAAGUCGGACUGAACGUCUAUAACCACCUGCGGCAAUUCGCGCUGCUGCGCCAGCUCUCCCCGCCCAAGGAAAUGAUCACCGUGACAAAAGAAUAUCUCGAUUCGAAGCGGCCGGUAGACCUACGGGACCAGAAGCAAUGGGACAAGGAAAACAUGGGAAGACUGGGCCAGAUCAUGAUGAAGAAGGAGCGUGCUUACGCCCUCAUGAACCAGAAGGCCACCGCGAUUGCCGAUAUUGCUUUCGUCCUGCAGAAGCACAGAGACCAUAUCGUGGAGGGUGUGCCAGAAAGCUCCAAGUCUGGAUACAAGACUCUCAAGGCCCGUAGGCGCAGGCGUGCGGCUCUCCUGCAGGAGGCUGAGCAGGCUAAGGAACGUGCGGGCAAGGUUGCCUCGCUCGAGGAGCAGCUGCAGGUUGAGAUUAGCACGGAUCACAAUGCUCCACAGGAGCAGACUGUCAAGAUCUUGUGGCAGGAUACAUACGAUGCGCAGUUCGCAAAGAACUGGCCCGAUUACAUUGAGCACGGUCAGCUGCGUUGGACUCGAAACCACUUGAUUGGACAGGAGGAUCUUCCGGUUCCUAGCGAGGACAUCAUCGCCGAUGGUUCGUUUGAGCAGGCGUAG